AGCCCAGUGCCCUGGGAAGCAGCAGCAGCCGCUCAGACAGUCAAGACAGACUCCACAACUAAGGAUAUACGAGCACCACGCCGGGACAGCAGCCUCCCAAGUUCCCCACUGUUUCUCCAGAGGCCUAAACCUUCCCGGUUUAGCGUCACAAGAUGGACCUGAGGGUAACAAGCCUCCUCCUCGUCCUCCUAGCAUUAGCUGAGGCAACGCCUGAGAGGUAUUAUCAUGUCCCAAAAGUGAGCAAGACUCCCUACCCUGUCAAGAGUCAUGCUGUUGAAGGCCAGCCAGGCGCUCAAGGUCCUCCAGGUGAGCCAGGACCAAUGGGACCUCCUGGACCUCCUGGAAAGAGUGGUGUGGGACAUACUGGACCACAAGGCCCACCUGGACCACCCGGACCACCUGGUUUCACUCAAGCAGGUAAACCUGGUGUCCCAGGUAGCCCUGGAAAACCAGGUGCCCCUGGAAAGCCUGGAGAAAGAGGUCAGCCUGGCACAACUGGACCAAUGGGUCACAGAGGUGCACCUGGUACCCCUGGAUCUCCUGGACCUUCUGGACUUUCUGCUGUUGGAAAACCUGGACCAUCUGGGAUCCCUGGAGCAAUGGGUCCAAGAGGAGAGCCUGGUUUAAAGGGACAUCCUGGAAUUCCUGGUGUUCCUGGACCCAAAGGAGAGAGAGGCAUUGGAAUUCCUGGCGUUCAAGGACCAGCAGGGCCUGUUGGGCCAAUGGGCCCAUCUGGAAUGCCUGGAAAACCUGGAAUUGGUAAACCUGGUGCCACCGGCUAUCCUGGAGAACCUGGCAAGCCUGGUGAGCCUGGAAGAGAUGGUUCACCUGGACCAAUGGGUGUGCCAGGGCCAAAGGGUCAUACUGGGCCUCCAGGCACAGGAGCACCAGGAAAACCCGGUCAGAAUGGCACCCCAGGUAUGCCUGGACCAAUGGGAGCAAAAGGUCCACAGGGCCCUGCUGGUCAGCCAGGCUCACCUGGCAUGCCAGGUGUUGGCAAAACAGGUGAACCUGGAAUUCCAGGUAGCAGAGGAGCCCCCGGUAGUCCAGGAACUACUGGUCAAAAAGGAGAGCCAGGCCCAACUGGAUAUACCGGUCAGCCAGGUGCUACUGGUCCCAUGGGUCCAGCUGGCCCACAGGGUGCAAGAGGAUUUCAGGGUGAGGCAGGCCCAGUUGGGCCCAAAGGUGACAUUGGCAUGGUAGGUGCACCAGGCCCAAGAGGAACCAAAGGAGAACAGGGAGCUCAAGGUUUCACUGGAAAACCAGGCACCCCUGGAGCAGUAGGUCCACCAGGAAUCCCAGGUCAUAAUGGUGCUCAAGGUCCAAAGGGUUCACAAGGCCAUGCAGGUGCCCCAGGACUCCCAGGUAUUAAUGGUGCCCAAGGGCCAAAGGGACACACAGGCGCCCCAGGAGCACCAGGUAAAAGCGGUGAGUCUGGACUGCCUGGACCAAUGGGACCCGUUGGACCUCCUGGUCCUUCAGGUCCCGCUGGACUCAAGGGUCAUCCAGGUCUUCCAGGUCCACCUGGCCCAGCUGGCUUGACAGCUAAGGGAAUUCAGGGUCCCCAUGGUCCCCCUGGAAUUCCAGGUGCCAGAGGUCAUGAUGGUCUCCCAGGUCCUUCUGGUCCUCCUGGACCACCUGGUCCACCAGGAGAGGUGGUCUACCACCAUGAGAAGAGCAUGCCAAUCAAAUCUCAUGAGGUUUUGAUGCCUCAGAUGAUUAAGGCUCCUAUGUCCGCUUUUAGUGCUGUGCUAACCACGGCCUACCCCCCAGCGGGAACCCCUAUUCAGUUUAACCAGAUUCUGUACAAUGGAGAGAACCAUUAUGACCCUCACAGUGGCGUGUUUACCUGCCAGGUCCCAGGCCUCUACUAUUUCAGCUAUCACAUUCAUGUCAAUGGUGCCAAUGCUUUGGUGGCCCUCUACAGAAAUGAGGAGCCAGUUCUUUUCACCUAUGAUGAGUACAACAAGGGCUUCCUGGAUGAGAUGGCAGGCAGUGCUGUUCUCCAGCUGUAUACAGGUGACAGAGUCUAUAUUCAGGUCCCUGAUGAGGAGAGUAAUGGCAUAUUUGCUGCCGAUAAUGUUCACUGCGGUUUCUCUGGGUUCUUGAUUGCCUCAACGUGAUUUCACAAAUCCAAAUAAACCUCAAAACCUUACAAAACAUUUAAAUACUCAGAGAAAAAUAUCACUUUACAAAGUUCAUAAUUUGGAUUGCAGAUUAAAGAAAAAUGUGGUUACAAGUUUUAAAGGUUUAACCGCCUCAUUUAAAUGUCUUCAAUUUGCUAAGAAGUUGUUCAGACAUUUAUUGCAGAUUAAAAAUGAUCACUUUCCCCAGUUUACUUUGUGUGUGCCUUUGGAAAUUUAAAAUCCAUGAAACAUAACAACAUAAGAUACAUGAUACUUUAAGUGGUGCUCUACAACUGCCUGUAACAUUUACAGCAUGUCUUUUACUUGUGUUUGCUUUAUUAAUGUCUGUUGUUUAAGAUUUUUCCUGUAAUAUACAUACAAAAAGACAUACAAGAAGGCAAACGUGUAUUAUAUGUCAUUAGAGAUCAGCACAUUCUCACAAGCACUGUGACCAGGAAAGGAACGUAAGAUAAAAAAAUUCAAACCAUUUUUUCUAAACAACUAUGUCUCCUUGGAUGUGUUAAGUUAUGUACCACUCACUGACCAAAACAUGGAAUAAAAGUCCUUAUUUGAAAACGAAAGAUUA